GCAAAGUGAACCCAGUGUUGCAGGUGGAUCAGGCUCAGUACUGUACAUACAGCAAGUCACAAUGGCUGCACGUUUCAUGGGGACCUGGAAAUUAAUCCGAAGUGACAAUUUUGAUGACUAUAUGAAGGCUUUAGGAGUACCAUUUACCUUAAGGACCCUGGGUACUUUGACCAAACCCACAACUAUCAUCUGUGUGGAUGGGGACACUGUCACUCUCAAAACCCAAAGCAGUGUCAAAAAUACAGAAAUCAAGUUCAGACUCGGGGAGGAAUUUAACGAGAUGACAGCAGACGGCAGGGAAACCAGGACCACAGUCACUAUGAAUAACGACAAGAUGGUCCAAGUGCAGAGAUGGGAUGAUAAAGAGACAACUCUUGUGAGAGAACUGAAAGAUGGCAAACUAAUACUGACUUGCACCAUGGGAGAUGUGUUCAGCACCAGAUAUUAUGAGAAAGAAGCUUGAAGGCAUGGACUGGAGGAGGAGAAGGAAGGGCUCAGUUCAAUGAGCCCCUGUCCUUUGCUGCUAUUUUGUUGUAGCCAACUUAACACAUUGUAUUUUGUAUAACCAAAGUACAAACAUUGCCAAAUCUCUGCAGCUUUAAUAAAGUGGUGUAUUGAGC